AUGGAAAAGGAGUGUUCUGCUAAUCCAUGGGAUCUACGUCCCAAUAUUGAAAGACCCACUUCCAAAUGUGCUCCUCCAUUACUAUUAGACGUCUCCAAAAAACUGAAACAAAAUCUUAGUGGACAUCCUUCGCAUAAAGAGCCGUUCCGCACAAAGUAUCCAUCUAAAGUCACUUCGAAGACUAGCGGAAAAGAAAACGAUGCUAAUAAGUUGCAAAGUAAUCAGGCCUUUCAUAUGAGUGAACAACAUCUACUUGUUCGGCCGAAAAGUGGUCACACCUUGAAAGAUGUGGAUAAUUUUCCUCUUGAUUCAUUAAAGGUCCCUAGUUUAACUGCAUCUUAUCAAAAUAGUCGUUCACAAUGCAACACACUUAAAGGAGAAUCGUUUUGCCACUCUGUUACUGGUUCUACUAGUAUUCACUCUAACAUAAUAAAGCCAAGAAUCGCCAAGUGUGGCUCUUUACUUGGUCGUUCUCUAACCAAUGAAGUGGACACAUCAAAUAUAGCGGCUAAUCCUCCUGUAAUAAACUUUGAUUCUACAAAUACGAAUAAUACAAUCAACAGUCUUGAAACUCCUGACGUUCAAUUUGUAAAUGACAUGCGUGAGGUUGAUGCUGGACAUAUUGUACCUACACGUCCUGUAGAGGAUACAUUAAAUAUGUGUGUCUCGAAUCGUUUAAGAUCUAGUCGAAGCUCUUUUCCUGUACAUAAUUAUAUCAAACUCAACUUGAAGAAGAAACAGUUUUGCAGUAAAGGAUCAUCAAGGCAACGAACGUUGAGGAGAAAAGUUUAUUUAAACAAGCUCAGAAAAAAGUUCAAAAAUGUUCAUCAUAAGACAAACUCCUGCUUUAUUUGCGGGGUUUCAGGUCACUGGGCUAAUAAGUGUCCACAGACCAUCAUGAAACCCCAACCCUCUAUCAAUAACAAUUUACUUGACUGGCAACAAUCCGAUAACACGUGUAAAAUACUCAGUCUUGCUGAACUGGAUAAUCGCUACUUUCCAGCUCAAAUUAAUGAUGUUUUGCCAAUCGAAUUUAUAAGUAAUCUUCCGAAACAAUCUUCUGUUGACGAACUGUCUCGUCGUGUGCAAUGCUGUCUACAAGAUUUGGGUUUUGAGUCAUUCCGUCCUGGUCAAGAGUUAGUUAUUUUGCGUACACUUCUAGGCAUUUCAACAUUGGCUGUAAUGCCGACAGCUUUUGGGAAGUCACUUUGCUACCAAAUACCUGCACUAAUACACCAGCAAGUUUAUAAAACUGUCGCCUUGGUCAUCUCACCCCUUAUUUCGUUGAUGGAAGACCAGGUCAUACAGCCUAUUUCGGGAUUACAUGGCACUUUUUUGAACUCAAGCCAGUCUGUCGAUCGCAAAAAAGAAAUAUUAGAAGAAGCUCAUAGGGGGAAAUAUUCUUUUCUUAUGCUUUCACCUGAAGCAAUAGUGGAUUCUGAUUGGAUGCUUCAAUCCGGACGCCUACCUCCGAUAAGUUUUGUUUGUAUCGAUGAAGCACAUUGUCUAGCUGAUUGGUCCAAUCAUUUUCGACCAUCUUAUCUUCGCGUAUGUAAUCUACUUCGGAAAUAUAUGGGAGUUAAUUGUUUUUUGGGCCUUUCUGCAACUUGUACCCCAGAUGUCAUCACGAAUAUUUGUAAUAAUUUGGGAAUUCAUAACCCAACACGGUUUGUUGGUGAUACAAUUAACGAGACAACUUUACAUCAACCUGGUUAUGUUCAACCAGUGUUAACUCCUUUACCGUCACAUUUGACAAUAUCAGCAUCAAUGGAUGAUAAAAAGGAUGAAGCGCUUUUGAAGUUACUGACAAGGAAACCAUUUAAUCGAUUAACUGGAGGGAUAUUAAUAUAUUGUGCAACCAGAGAAGAAACAGAACACUUAGCAUCAUACAUUCGUACAGCUUUGCAGGAUAAAGUGGAUCAGGUUGGCCGUAGACGUAUGAGUUGGACAACAGCUGCAUAUCAUGCUGGUCAAACGACAAGUGAAAGAUCUCGUAUACAAAAGAAAUUUAUGAGUGGUAAAAUACGUGUUCUAAUUGCCACAUGUGCUUUUGGGAUGGGAUUGAAUAAAUCUGAUUUACAAGCUGUCAUUCAUUUCUCACUUACUAAAUCAUUUGAAAAUUAUGUACAAGAAAUAGGUCGUGUAGGACGUCAACAACAGGUCUCCUAUUGUCAUGCAUUUUUACCCUCCUCUUUAAUGAGUGAUCCUCAUGAAGCAAAUUAUAUAAGACGGCAUAUUUUUGCUAAUCACCUUGAUGCUGUAUUAUUGAAACGUUUACUUGGAUUGAUAUUUAAAGACUUUCAUUGUACAUGUCGUUUUGUUGAAAACCACAAAGAAAACCCAGUGUCAUGUCAAGGUCAUGUACAUGCAAUCGAUCUACGAGUUGUCAGUGAACAAAUCGAUAUAAAACCUGAAAGCUUAGCUACUAUAUUGGCCUACAUAGAAUUAGAACCCGGCAAUCCAAUAAUUUCGUUACUGCAUUCUGGUUAUGCUAUGGCUACUGUCUACUGCUAUGGAGGUCAGCAAGAGAUGGCUUAUGCUUGCCAACGUUGUUUAGCUGUUUCAGGUGCGCUUAGUUUAUGGAAAAGUGAACAAACGAAAGAUACACAAACCAUAAACGAAUAUCCUAGGCAGUUGACGUUAAAUUUACCACAACUGUUUAAUCGUUGGGGUUGGAAGCCAAAUGUAGUGAAACAAGAAUUAAAAAAACUGGAAUGGGAUUAUUCCAAAAGCAAUAAUACCACCGAGGCGUCUAGUAAAGCGUAUCGUACUGGGAUAAAUAUUGAUUUUUCACAUUGGAGUUCUUGGCUAUGGAUUCAUGGGUCUGAAGUACCAAUUACAAAUGAGCGUUUAGAUACUUGUUUGACCUACUUGAAUAAUCGCCUGCAACAAGCUGAGGAAGCCGCUUUACUUAGUAUCGAACAAUUAACAUUGGCUUUAGGUGCUGUCGCACAACCGUGUCUUCAAGACAUCUACCCUGAAGAAACCAACGAUGAUCUAGAGAGUCCUAAACCUGCUUGCAAAAAAUAUAGUGAACAGUGGUCAUCUGUUGUGCACGAAAUUAUCAAGUCCCAUUUUGCCGGUACUAAAAGCAAUUUACGAGAUGAUAAGUUAGCACUUAUUGAGAAUUGUCAAUCUCGAUACCAUUGGCCAACAGUUGUAACAGAUACUCAGAUCGCUCAGGUGCAGUCUACAGUUAGAAACUUUGUACAUAUAUAUGAAUCUAGUCUUGAUCGAAAAAUCACAGGUCGGACAAUCGCUAAUAUAUUUCAUGGGAUAUCGACUCCUCACUUCCCUGCAACUACAUGGUCAUAUUGUCGACGAUUCUGGAAAGUCCAUUUGGAUAUUGAUUGGCGAACUAUUAAGAAGAUUGCUACCCAAGAGUUACUAAUUCAUUUUUCAUGCACUUAAAUAAUUUAUUCACACCAUUUGUAACAUAGACAUUGAAUUUAAAAAUGAAUCACUGUACCAAUAAAUAAACACAUGAGUAGUUUCUAAAUUAACGGUUAUCUAGUCAUCUUAAUAUUUAGAAUCAAACUUUGUGUAGAAGGUUACCAACCUGAGACGAAACUAUUUGGGUUUGGAUCCCCCAAAGUAUAACAUUUAUGCAGGCUUUGAUACGUCCUACUUCCUCUAUUAAUUUCCAACCAGUGCAUUCCAUCUGGAUUUAUACAGUUGGAGAGGAGGAUGUACAGGACACAUGUGUUC